AAGAAGAGGAACCCGGAAGAUCAACAAAACAAACCGCAAUGGAACCGGAUACCGGGCCGUGCUGCGCGUCUCCGUCCGGGACCGGGCUCCUCCGGGCGGCCACAGGCUCCAGAGCAGCUCCCGGAGGGCUCUCUGCGUCUCUCCCCGGACACAGACUGCUCCGGGCGGCCGUGCUUCUGCUCCUCACCCGCCUCUGCUGCAGCGGGUCGGUCCCGGACAUCGCGGUGCACUUCGGGACUAAGACGCGGUACGAAGACGUGGUGAGACCGGGACUGAACCUGUCCUCCGCGGCUGCGGGGUGCUCCCCUGUGCACCUCACCGCCGUCAUCCGCCACGGGACCCGCUUCCCCACGGUCAAGAACAUCCGCCGCAUCGAGCGUCUGAGCCGGCUGGUCCAAAGCCAGGCCCCCCGGGGACACGGCGCUCCGAGCUGGCUCCGGGAGAUCCAGGAGCAGUGGCAGCAGUGGUACACGGAGGACAUGGACGGUCGACUGGUGGAGAAGGGACGGGCCGACCUCAGGAACCUGGCGAUGCGAUUAUUCAGCUCGUUUCCUGGUCUUCUGUCAGAGGCGGGGCUUCGUGGUGGCGGAAUCACCGUCAAAACCAGCUCCAAACAUCGAUGUGUGAGCAGCGCCGAAGCGUUCCAGGAGGGACUACACCAGGUCUGGGACCGGGCCAGAGAGUCCCAGACUGAGACUGGGACCAAGGUUGGACCAGAGACUACAGGGACCCAAACUGUGGGCAGCGAACAGGACCCAGAGUAUGUUCAUGAAGUGGAUGAUUCUCUGAUGAGGUCCUUCGAGCGUUGCCGUGGUUACGUGGAGGGAGUGGAGACAAACGCCACGGCGACAGAGGAGGUGGACCGCUUCAAACACGGACCAGAACUCAGACAAGUCCGGGCCCGGGUCUCAGAGAGGCUGAGGCUAGAACCGGACUUCCUCCCUCCAGACCUGGUGGAGGCCGCAUUCUUCAUCUGCUCUUAUGAACUGGCCAUCAAAUCUCUCUACUCUCCCUGGUGUCGACUCUUCACAAAGGAGGACGCCAAGGUCUUGGAGUACAAAGGGGACCUGAAGCAGUACUGGAAGCGCGCUCACGGUCACUCCAUCAACGGACUGUCCAGCUGUCCUCUGUUCCACCACAUCUUCAGGACUCUGGACAAGGCCGGACGCCCACGCAGAGCCACAGACGCUCCUCCUGAACCUGCCUCUGUUCUGAUUGGUCACGCUGAGACGCUCCUCCCACUUAUUUCCCUGUUGGGCCUGUAUAAGGACAAGAGCCCGCCCACCGCCGCCAACUACCAAUCACAGCGUGAUCGUGUGUUCCGCUCCUCUCACAUCGUCCCGUACGCCGCUAACCUUCUCUUUGUGCUGUAUGACUGUCCCCGCGGGCCGAGACUCCGCCUCCUUGCCAAUGAGUCACCGGUUCGAUUCCCGGGAAUGAGCCACGACCUGCCGCUGUACAGAGACGUCAGAGCCACCUACCGACACCUGCUGGACGGCUGCGACUUCUACAAGGAGUGUGAGGGGAGACCCAGCAGAGCCCCCAACACAGAACUAUGACCUGGACCGGGACUGGACUGGACUGGGACUGGACCGGGGCUGGGCCGGGACUGGGCCGGGACUGGGCCGGGACUGGGCCAGGACUGGGCCAGGACUGGACUGGGCCUAAACCAGGACUGAACCAGGUCUAAGGCAGGACUCAACCGGGACUCAACCAGGACUCAACCAGGACUCAACCGGGACUCAACCAGGACUAAACCGGGACUGAAGCAGGCCUAAACCAGGUCUGUACCAGGUCUAGGGGACGACUGGAGACAUUACCAGAUCUGAAAUUGUGACGAAAAUAAACUGAAAAGAGAAAUGUAAAUAAUCUUGUGCCAAAUGCAGAAAAAACAGGGAAUCAUUUUGUGAAAAAUGUAUAAUUCCAACAAAAGCACAAAUACCUCAACAUGAAUUAUGAUUUAAAGUUUAAAAAACCACCAGGAAAACACAUUCUGAAAAAAAUGUAAAUACUGAUUUAUCAAAGUGAUUCAAAUCCAGAGGCAGAUGUUGGUGGUGAUUUUUUCUCUGAAGUCUUCCACUCGUGUAAAACCUGCUACAGUUUUCUACAAAUAUUUAUUUUCUGAAAUUUCUCUAAAACAUAUUUAAUAUCAUUAUAUUUAAGAGUGUACUUUUCACAUUUUUUUUCAAAUUUUGGUUUAUAAUUUUCCUUCCUGGUUGGACAGAGCAGCAGAUACGUCGAUUUGGGAGCAGCUAAUGUGAAUAUUGUUCAAAUGCAGAUUUCUGUUGUAACACACUGAGCUCUUGGAUGUAGUUUCUAAUAGAAACAAAUAGAAAUGAUGUACGAUGUGAUCAGUAGGAAAAUCUGUACCAUCUGAAAUCCACCAAAACGAAAACACUAUUGUUAAUCCCACCACCAGAGGAAAUGCAGAGCGUUUAGGGCGUCCCCUCGGCUCUUGGGGUCAUCGGGGUCAUUCAAAAAGUCGAUUCAGGGUCAAAUCUGCUGAAGAUUUGAAUGUUUUUGUAUUUUUAUAUGAAGGUGUCAGAUCCUCGCCGGGACAGACGCUCGGCUCAUCACUUAGUUCCUUUUACUUGAAUUGUCUGUUUUUGGUUGAAACUUUGGGUAAAUUUGCUGUAAAAAUUCUUUUGUGUCUUAUUUUUCUACUUUUUGAGAUGAUUUUGAGUUAAUUUUGAAGUGAUUUGUGCCAAAUGUGUUUGAUUUGAGCUUUAAUAAAACUGCAAAUUUUA